AUGUUCAAGCUGUUCUGGUCCUCUCCCUUCUCCCAAGCAUCAACCUGCCUGGUGGGCACACUCACCCGCUGGGACCCAUCCACGCACCAAACCAGCUCACAACGAGAGAUAUACAGCACCGACGACAUCUACAUCGGACGAGACAAGCGAGCUUGCCAGUUCGUGAUCCCCAACCAAUUCGUCUCCAACAAGCAUCUCCGCAUCUACACCAUCCUAUACGACCGAGAUAUCCUGAAUGAGAUCCCUCCGCUCGUGUACACCCAGGAUCUCUCCUUGAAUGGGACAUUGUGGAAUGACUAUCCCAUGGGACAAGGAAAAGGCAGCUUCUUGCUCAGCGAUGGCGAUACGCUGCGAAUCACUCAGGGCGAGUAUCUGCGAUUCAACUGUGCGAGAGACAAUAGACCGGAUACAUUUAGCUGUCUACAGCGGAUUGAAAUGAGGGAAUUCAAUGACCACUAUGUUAUUACGCCGCGCAUUCUCGGCUCUGGUGCCUACGGACGAGUUCAUAUGGCGUUCAAGAAGGGAGAUGGCCAGCAACUCGCUUGCAAGAUUAUUGACUUGCAGCUUACAAAAGCCAAAGCCCUCGAGACUGCGAACGAAGAGCAGAUGUCGAAGUUCUUUAUUGAUCGUCAAGGCACAGCUUCAAAAGCUUUGGUCGCCGUGCGCAGAGAGAGCUUUCACUCGACGUUCAUCCGCGAAAGACUGGAGGCAUACCAGCAAGAAGCCCUGAUUCUGCAGAAAUUAUCUCAUCCCAACAUCAUCCGCGUCGAGAAAGCGAUCCGAUCCAGCAACACAAUCUACAUAUUCCAAGAGCUUAUCACAGCCGGCGACCUUUUCUCCUUCCUCAGCUACAAAGGCGGACGACUUGAGGACAUACCAGCUGCAGUAGUCAUCCACCAGAUCCUGCUCGCACUAGAUUAUCUCCACGAACAGAGCAUCGUGCACCGCGACCUGAAACCUGAUAAUGUUCUGAUGACUUCGCUGGACGAUGGGGCCAGAGUUGUUCUUACGGACUUCGGAUGUGCCAGAUACAUCAACGCUCCCGUGCAGCGCAUGUCCACCAUCGUCGGCACGGCCGAAUACUGCGCCCCGGAAGUUAAUACCCGCAACGAACGAGGCUAUACCAAAGCCGUAGACCUAUGGUCCCUUGGCUGCGUGACCGCCGUGGUGCUGACGGGGUACACGCCAUUCAACGAGCCCUUCAACUCAAUACCCAGCGAUCUCGAAGACCUGGAAGACGAGCUCGAUCGAUUGAACACCGGCCCGCUGGCGCGAAACUUUCUGCGCAAACUCCUGGUCACCGAUGAGGAGAGGCGCUUGGAGGUGAAGCAGGCGCUGCGCCAUAGCUGGUUCACAAAUGUUGAGCACGCGCGUCGGUUCGAGGAACUGUAUCGCACUAUUGUGAGAGAGUGGAGGAGGCCUGUACAUCCGGAUGGGCCUGGGAAUGGGAUUGUUGAUCUUGCGAGUUUUGCGAAGAGUGCGAGUACUGCACAGGCUGGCGGACAGGUGGAAGCGCGUGUGCAUGCCCGUGGUCCAGAGGACCUUCCCCGGAAGGUAUCGAUUGACCACGUCUCAGAGUCGGAAUAUGAGGAUAUCCCGGAAUAUAGGACGGCGUCGUCUUCUUUGCUGUCGACGUCCAUACUUUCGGAGUCGCUGCUUCCAGCGCAUAAGCGAACCGGAGCAACUGUUGAAGCGAUGGCGUUGCUUGCUUUUGGGCCGCGAACUCAUCAACAUGAGGAGAUUCGACAUCAUCCAGCGCAGAAUUUGAGUGAUCUGCGUUCAGUGCAUGCGAGCACCAGAAUCGCAAACCAUAUCCAGCCAAAACCCUCUCGCCCUGGUCAGAGAGUGACUGUUCAGAAUCACCCGUCGAUCCGGAUGUCUGGUGCUCAUUUCCAUAUUCGAAACCAACACCAUCAGCACAUGGAUCCAAGCCCACUCCAUCGAUUGUCUUUGUCCUCACAGAAACUACCUUGGGAUACGAAGAAGAGACCCCUUCCCCAUGAAAGUUCUUCACCACCACAAACCCACGGUGCCAAACCUACUACAUGGACAAUCAGCAAGGAAGUCUCCAAGGCUGAAGAUGAUCAGGUAUACGAGGAAGUGCGAAACCCCGUGACAGGGAAACGACAGCGACUCAUUUACGGACGUGGAAUGGAGAUGUCAGCUGGGCUCGUGUGA